AUGUCCCCUCUCUCCUCCUACUUCCUGUCCGCCCUGGUUGUGCUGUGUCCUCCCCGCUCCCCGGCAGUCACAUCCCCGGAGCCCAGACAAAAGGACGGACACCCGGAUCUCGUCUCCCCCCGGAGCCGGGGCAGCAUGUCUGAGCGAGAACACCCCGAUAUCUACCAACCUCCCUCAGAGCACCCCGAUAUCUACCAACCUCCCUCAGAGCACCCUGAUAUCUACCAACCUCCCUCAGAGCACCCCAAUAUCUACCAACCUCCCUCAGAGCACCCCGAUAUCUACCAACCUCCCUCAGAGCACCCCAAUAUCUACCAACCUCCCUCAGAGCACCCCGAUAUCUACCAACCUCCCUCAGAGCACCCCGAUAUCUACCGACCUCCCUCAGAGCACCCCGAUAUCUACCAACCUCCCUCAGAGCACCCCAAUAUCUACCAACCUCCCUCAGAGCACCCCGAUAUCUACCAACCUCCCUCAGAGCACCCCGAUAUCUACCGACCUCCCUCAGAGCACCCCGAUAUCUACCAACCUCCCUCAGAGCACCCCGAUAUCUACCAACCUCCCUCAGAGCACCCCGAUAUCUACCAACCUCCCUCAGAGCACCCCGAUAUCUACCAACCUCCCUCAGAGCACCCCGAUAUCUACCGACCUCCCCCAGAGCACCCCAAUAUCUACCAACCUCCCCCAGAGCACCCCAAUAUCUACCAACCUCCCUCAGAGCACCCCAAUAUCUACCAACCUCCCUCAGAGCUCCCCGAUAUCUACCACCCUCCCUCAGAGCACCCCGAUAUCUACCAACCAUCCUCAGAGCACCCCGAUAUCUACCAACCUCCCCCGGAACACCCCAAUAUCUACCGACCUCCCUCAGAGCACCCCGAUAUCUACCAACCUCCCUCAGAGCACCCCGAUAUCUACCAACCUCCCUCAGAGCACCGCGAUAUCUACCAACCUCCCUCAGAGCACCCCGAUAUCUACCAACCUCCCUCAGAGCACCCUGAUAUCUACCAACCUCCCUCAGAGCUCCCCGAUAUCUACCAACCUCCCCCAGAGCACCCCGAUAUCUACCAACCUUCCUCAGAGCACCCCAAUAUCUACCAACCUCCCUCAGAGCACCCCGAUAUCUACCAACCUCCCCCAGAGCACCCCGAUAUCUACCAACCUUCCUCAGAGCACCCCAAUAUCUACCAACCUCCCUCAGAGCACCCCAAUAUCUACCAACCUUCCUCAGAGCACCCCGAUAUCUACCAACCUCCCUCAGUGCACCCCGAUAUCUACCAACCAUCCUCAGUGCACCCCGAUAUCUACCAACCUCCCCCAGAGCACCCCGAUAUCUACCAACCUUCCUCAGAGCACCCCAAUAUCUACCAACCUUCCUCAGAGCACCCCGAUAUCUACCAACCUCCCUCAGUGCACCCCGAUAUCUACCAACCAUCCUCAGUGCACCCCGAUAUCUACCAACCUCCCCCAGAGCACCCCGAUAUCUACCAACCUUCCUCAGAGCACCCCAAUAUCUACCAACCUCCCUCAGAGCUCCCCGAUAUCUACCAACCUCCCCCAGUGCACCCCGAUAUCUACCAACCUUCCUCAGAGCACCCCAAUAUCUACCAACCUUCCUCAGAGCACCCCGAUAUCUACCAACCAUCCUCAGUGCACCCCGAUAUCUACCAACCAUCCUCAGUGCACCCCGAUAUCUACCAACCUCCCUCAGUGCACCCCGAUAUCUACCAACCAUCCUCAGUGCACCCCGAUAUCUACCAACCUCCCUCAGAGCACCCUAAUAUCUACCAACCAUCCUCAGAGCACCCCAAUAUAUCUACCUGCACCCCGAUACCUACCAACCUCCCUCCCUCAGAGCACCCCGAUAUCUACGAACCUCCCUCAGUGCACCCCGAUACCUACCAACCUCCCUCAGAGCACCCCGAUAUCUACCGACCUCCCUCAGAGCACCCCGAUAUCUACCGACCUCCCCCAGAGCACCCCGAUAUCUACCGACCUCCCCCAGAGCACCCCGAUAUCUACCAACCUCCCUCAGAGCACCCCGAUAUCUACCGACCUCCCCCAGAGCACCCCGAUAUCUACCGACCUCCCUCAGAGCACCCCGAUAUCUACCGACCUCCCUCAGAGCACCCCGAUAUCUACCAACCUCCCUCAGAGCACCCCAAUAUCUACCAACCUCCCCCAGAGCACCCCGAUAUCUACCAACCUCCCUCAGAGCACCCCGAUAUCUACCAACCUCCCUCAGAGCACCCUGAUAUCUACCAACCUCCCUCAGAGGACCACGAUAUCUACCAACCUCCCUCAGAGCACCCCGAUAUCUACCAACCUCCCUCAGAGCACCCCGAUAUCUAA